ACUUGGUCUUCUUGGCUUGGGUGGUAUUUGUUGCCCCUCCCUCCCUUCACUUUUGCUGUGAUUCUCUUCUUGUUUUUGUCCUAUAAAACAUAAAUAUAACCAAUCUAGGCCUUUGUCUUUUCUCAGCAAGGGCAUAUAUAGGUACCCUACAAACAAAAUUAAAGGGGAGUCAGAGGGUGUUAGGAGGAGUGGUGGUCUGUAGGUGUACCCUAGAGGGGGACAGAAUGAAGGAGAGUGGGAGGAAACAAGGUACACCCUCACCUUGUGCAGCAUGUAAGCUACUCAGGAGGAGAUGUGCACAAGAUUGUGUGUUUGCUCCUUACUUUCCAGCUGAUGAACCCCAGAAGUUUGCCAAUGUUCACAAGGUCUUUGGUGCAAGCAAUGUCAACAAGAUGCUACAGGAAUUGCCGAUCCAUCAGCGAGGGGACGCGGUUAGUAGCAUGGUGUAUGAAGCCAACGCCAGGGUCCGUGACCCGGUCUACGGCUGUGUAGGAGCCAUAUCAUCUCUGCAACAACAAAUAGAUGUGCUCCAGACCCAACUGGCUCUGGCCCAAGCUGAGGUGGUGCAUCUCAAGGUGAGGCAGACAGCAACUUUCCCUCAUCAUGGAGUGGGCCUGGGUAGCCCAAGCAAUAGUGGGUCGCCCUCAUCCAGGCUCAUGGGUUCACAAGGAAAGCCCACUUUUGAGAUAAACAUGGUAGACCAGGCCAGUUUGGGAGAUUCAUUGUGGUCAUGCUAGCUUUUUAGAAAAGUCAUGCCCUACCAUAUAUCUAUUUUAUUUUUUUUAAUAUAGGGGAAGGAGAAUGGGGGAGGCUCGAACUCGAGAUCUCUAUGAGAUACCACAGAUAUGAGUGUCAUCUGAACUACUCGUGGUUCUCUCCCUAUCAUAUAUCUAGAUUAGUUGAUUUUGUCUUAAGCUUAAAAAAACAUUUAACUUGAUUUGCUAUACUCCCAUAUGAAUGUAGUCCUAGUGGUGGUGGA